AUGGGAAUGAUGCGAUGCAUUUAUAUUUUACACAAUAAAGACGAUAUGCGUACCGCCGUUACCGCCGUCCUGUGUGUAGCAAUAAUAUUCGGGUUACCACCCGCCGCUGUUGCAGCACCCGCGACGAUCGCAAUCGACGAAUCGUCGUCGAUCGCUGGCCCGAUAUUUCGGACUCAGCCGGCGUCACAAUCUGGACCUCGUCACUCUGACAACCCGACUACGAUCAUUGAAACAUUUGAAACUGAUUGCGAUGCGACGAACCUCCCGCAGGAAAAGAUACAGCCCGCAAGUACGAACGAGACAACAACUGACACCGCGUCAUACGCCCAUUAUAACGACGAAGAUUGCGAAGACGUUGAAAAUGAUUACAUUCUGUUCUUAUCUUGGAUACCGAUAAUUUUUUUACUUAUGUUAGUUUUGUUGUUGUGUUUGAAUCUUCAAUAUUUUUGUAAAUCAAGAAUGAAAAAAGACUCUGUGGAAACAAUGUGUUUACAAUCGAGCAACUCUCGAUAA